AUGAUCGCCCCUGCAGCCAGGUCUGCUAUCUUCAGCAACACAGCUGCCCUGAGGCCGCUAGCAGGAGCCAUCACCUCCCACGCCCAGGUGGUGCCUGCUGCCCCCGCCCAGUUAUCUGCAGUGCGCUCUUUCCAGACCACCUCAGUCACUAAGGACAUUGACUCCGCUGCCAAAUUCAUCGGAGCUGGUGCUGCCACAGUAGGAGUUGCUGGCUCUGGUGCUGGUAUUGGAACAGUUUUCGGCUCCCUCAUCAUCGGUUAUGCCAGGAAUCCCUCCCUCAAGCAGCAACUGUUCUCAUACGCCAUCUUGGGCUUUGCCCUCUCCGAGGCCAUGGGACUCUUCUGUCUUAUGAUGUCCUUCUUGCUGCUAUUCGCUUUC